AGCAUGAGCCCUGCCUUCUGUAUUUAGUCUGGUACUACCUGGGUUCAGAGUACUGCAAAACUUCAGGAGGAGAGACUUUUGAAACUAUGUUUAACACAAAGUUGCUGAUCACACUGGCCCUAUUCUUUGAGGCCAACCAUGCAGAGCAGCUGUUUAAGAUUAAAGUGGAAACUUACCUUCACCAGGAUCCAGUAACAGGACAGACACUUACCUGUAAUCGCUGCCCGCCUGGACAACACCUACAAAACCAUUGUACAGCCACUCAUCAGACCAUAUGUGCUCCCUGCUCAGAAAACCACUAUACCCAGUACUGGAAUUACAUUGAGAAAUGUCAGUACUGCAACAAUUUCUGCAAGGAAAAUCAGUUUGUCAAGAAAGAGUGCAGUCCUUUUCACAACCGAGUUUGUGAGUGCAGAAAAGGCUAUUACUGGCACUUUGAGUUUUGCAUUAAGCACAGUGAGUGCCCACCUGAAUAUGGUGUCAAAGUGGAAGGCACGCCCCACAAAGACACAGUCUGUGAGAAAUGUCCUCCAGGAUGGUUUUCUUCUGCGAGUUCCAAACAUGAGAAGUGCCUUAAACACACUGACUGUGAGUCCUUGAACCUAAUACAGAUCAUCAGUGGUACUGGGUGGCAUGACAACCUGUGUAUGUCAUGCACAGACCCCAAAGCAACAGGUGGACGCACUUCACAUGAAGAAAUCCUCGCUCUUUUUUUUGAUCGCCAAAACCUGAAACGUAAAAAAGUUAUCAAAUUUGGAAGAAAACUUUUUCGUCAGGAGGCACAGAAAAUAUUCAAAAAAGCUGGAAACAUUUCACCACAAAAGCUCAUGAUGCUUUACAUUAAAGAAUGGAAAUCUGACCAAAAUACAGCUGGCAAUACAUCAGAGGAGUUGCUGGAAAAGCUGAGAGAAGCAAGGCUCACAAAAGUUGCACAACGGUUAGAGAAGAAAUUUCAUAUGAAUGGACAUGAAAAAAUGCAACAGAAUCUUUGUACAAUUUCCAAUCAUAUAUAAAAAUGUAUACCAUUUUUCUUCAAACAGACACACAUAAAUGUGUCUUUCUGUUAACUUGUCACACUUAAGUUUCUACAUAUAGAGAGAGACGUGCUGUUUCAAUUGUGAUGAUUUUUUUUUUUUUUAACACAAAUUAUUUGUAUUAUAUUUUACGUAUUUCUACGUGUUGUGGCAGAGUGAAAGCUUGUCUGUCCUGUAAAGGGUUAAUUUACAGGCAAACUAUAUACUUCCGGAGUAAGGGUCACGAAGAAGGGGCUACAGCCAUGUAUUUUGGUUCAAUAAAAGUUAUCUCAGUGUGUUGCAACCUGAUGUCCGU